AUGGAUCGCCUCCGGUCCGAGAAACUCUCUCUCUCUCUCUCUAUCUUUCUCAAGCUCGUUUGGAACGAAUGGCCGAAAACGGAGAACCCCAGAUUUCAAGAUACGCAGGGUAUUCCUCACGGUCGUGGUAGCGAGGAGCAAGAAGAGAACCCGCGUGCCAACGUAGAGAAAUUAGACGCAACGGGCGCGCGGAGUACAGAGUGGGUGAUAUUUGAGCCUUGGCAGGGGAUCCGGUCCACAAAGAAGAAGAAGAAGAAGAAGAAGAAGAAGAAGAAAAAAGUCUCCGGAUACAUCUUCUUGGUCAUACAUUCCCUGACCUGA